AUGCCUGCAAUUGAAAACAGAAAUAUGGACGAUGCUGCCAGAUCCACUACCCGCUCAGAUUCCCCGACGUUAGCCUUGUUCAGUGUUCACGAGGACCUCGAGAGCAUUGCAGGGGUUCACGAAGACCCCCAAAGCAUUUCACGAAGACCCCAAAAGCAUUACAGGGGUUCACGACCCCCCCCCCAAAGCAUUGUUCACGAAGACCCAUUGCAGGGGUUCACGAAGACCCCAAAGCAUUACAGGGUUCACAAAGACCCCCCAGGGGUUGAAGACCAAAGCAUUGCAGACCCCCCAAAGCAUUGCAGGGUUGAAGACCCCCAAACAUUGCAGGGGUUUUGUUCACGAAGACCCCAAAGCAUUGCAGGGUUUGCAGGGGUUCACGAAGACCCCAAAGCAUUGCAGGGGUUCACCAAGACCCCAAAGCAUUGCAGGGUUCACCAAGACCCCCAAAGCAUUGCAGGGUUCACCAAGACCCCAAAGCAUUGCAGGGUUCAGACCCCCAAAGCAUUGCAGGGGUUCACCAAGACCCCCAAAGCAUUGCAGGGGUUCACCAAGACCCCCAAAGCAUUGCAGGGGUUCACCAAGACCCCCAAAGCAGGGGUUCACCAAGCACACCAAGACCCCCAAAGCAUUGCAGGGUUCACCAAGACCCCAAAGCCUUGCAGGGGUUCACGAAGACCCCCAAAGCAUUGCAGGGGUUCACGAAGACCCCCAAAGCAUUGCAGGGGUUCACGAAGACCCCAAAGCAUUGCAGGGGUUCACGAAGACCCCCAAAGCAUUGCAGGGGUUCACGAAGACCCCAAAAGCAUUGCAUUCACUUCACACGAAGACCCCCAAAGCAUUGCAGGGGUUCACGAAGACCAAAGCAUUGCAGGGGUUCACGAAGACCCCAAAGCAUUGCAGGGUUCACGAAGACCCCCAAAGCAUUGCAGGGGUUCAUUGCCAUUGCAGGGGUUCACGAAGACCCCAAAGCAUUGCAGGGGUUCGACCCCCAAAGCAUUGCAGGGUUCGCGAAGACCCCAAAGCAUUGCAGGGGUUCGCGAAGACCACCAAAGCAUUGCAGGAGUUCACGAAGACCCACAAAGCAUUGCAGGGUUCACAAAGACCCCAUUACAGGGGAAGACCCCCAAUGCAUUACAGGGUUCACGAAGACCCCAAAGCAUUGUUACAGGGGGAAGUUUCCGAAGACCCCCAAACAUUACAGGGGUUCCCGAAGACCCGCAUUGCAGGGGUUCACGAAGACCCUUAAAGCAUUACAGAGGUUUACGAAGACCCCCAAAGCAUUGCAGGGGUUCAUGA